UCCCCGCCGUCCAAUCAGAAACCCGGUUCCCACAAGAACGCCGCACGCGACGCGACUCCAAUUCCCAUCAGCGGACGGAACCGCCGCGAGCCCACGGUUUGGGAAUUCGACGGGAGACAGCUAAUCUCCACCCCCAAGCAUCUCCCUCCCGCACGGCGACCGCAGCUCGACGCAACACUCGAAACUCCCCUGCUCCCAGAUCCACCGCACUCCACUUUCUCUCUCUCUCUGGACUGCUGAGCGCGUUGAAAUUUGAACAAGCUGCGACCAGCUGGAGCUGCCGAGGACGACCUGGUCCCUCGAAGCUUCCCCUUCCCCGGCCGCCGACGAGAUCGCCGCCGUUGAAGCUCCCUCCCCCUCGAUGGCUCGGCGCGGCGGCGGCGGCGUUGUCCUAGCCCUCGCCCUCCUCUGCGCCUCCCUUCUUCGCGCCUCCCACGGCUCCGUCCACGAGUACAAUGGCGACCUGUUCGUGAGCAAGGGCAACGCCUUCUUCGUCCACGGCGGCAGCGAGGGCAUCUACUCCUCCUCCUCCUCUUCUCCGACCUCCGGCCCCAAUGAGACCGCCGCCGCCGUCCCCUCUAACGGCGAGUCCUACAUCAAAUUUGAAAAGAUUAAGUUCCGGAGACCCAAGGAAUAUGCAAACUUUAGUUCUGAGUUUAUACACGCCAUUGUUUUUGAGGUGGAAGAUAGAGAGACUAUUGGGGGUUCGGCCUAUGGUGGUCAAAGAGCGGUCUGCUGCACAGCUGAUCUUGCUAAGCUGGGUGUCUGCAAGCAGGGUCUUAUCAUUCACCGCCCUUCUUUGAAAAACAUUGACUGGCCACAAGUGUUUGGUGUCUCGUUUGGGAUAGAUGAAGAGGUUGUGACGAUGCCUGCAAAGUCGAUACCGAUAACAGGAACUGGGAUGUAUAACUUGUAUUUCAUCCAUUGCGAUCCGGAUCUCAAGGAGUUGACUGUUGAGGGGAAAACAAUUUGGAAAAAUCCUACUGGGUAUCUGCCAGGUCGAAUGGCACCUCUUAUGAACUUCUACGGCUUCAUGUCCUUUGCUUUUGUGAUACUUGGAGUCUUUUGGUUCUCUCAGUAUGCUAGAUUCUGGAGAGAAGUUCUUCCGCUGCAAAACUGCAUAACCCUUGUAAUAACCUUGGGCAUGUUUGAGAUGGCGCUGUGGUAUUUCGACUAUGCUGAAUUCAAUGAGACUGGAAUCAGGCCCAUUGGAAUCACCGUGUGGGCAGUUACUUUUGGGACUAUCAAACGUACAGUUGCUCGUCUGAUUAUUCUGAUGGUUGCGAUGGGCUAUGGUGUUGUUAGGCCUACUCUAGGUGGAAUUUCCUCCAAAGUCAUCAUGCUAGGACUGACCUUCUUCCUGGCAUCUGAAGUCCUUGAGUUGGUGGAAAAUGCGGGUGCAGUCAGCGAUCUUUCAGGGAAAGCAAGACUAUUCUUGGUUCUUCCAGUGGGUCUCCUGGAUGCUUUUUUCAUCUUGUGGAUAUUUUCUUCCCUCUCUGCAACUUUGAGUAAGCUCCAGGCUAGAAGGAUGAUGGUUAAACUGGACAUCUACAGGAAGUUUACAAAUGCUCUGGCAGUUGCUGUGAUCGUAUCUGUUGGUUGGUUAUGUUACGAGCUCUAUUUCAAGUCAAAGGAUGUAUACAACGAGCUUUGGCAGAAUGCAUGGGUCAUUCCUGCCUUCUGGCAAGUCCUGUCGUUUUCUCUUCUUUGUGUCAUAUGUGCUCUUUGGGCACCAUCUCAGAGUUCAAUGCGAUAUGCUUACUCCUCGGAGACAGGAGAUGAAUUCGACAAAGAAGAAACCAACUUGAUACUUAUUAAGCCAUCACCCAUGCCAUCAAAGGAUGUCCAUAGUGUGCUGGAUGCUAGGGCUGGGCAUGGUGGCAAUGGAGCAGCAGAUGGGUUGGAAGAGAAGACAGAGUGAAGUUGCAGCUGGAUUAUGUUGCCGUGAGGAGGUUCACUUGUUAAUCUUUCGACUGUUGGUGACAAGAGAUAACAGUUCGUUAGCCUCUCAAUCAUACAAAGCGCGAAAGUUUACUACAACAGGUUUUUGUCAUGGAGAUCUUCACUUAAAAUCAAUGUGCCUCAUUUCUUCGUAGAUCUUUUACUGUGAUUUAUUUGUUCAUCUGGUCAUCGUAUACCUUACUGAUAGUUGUUACAGAUGAGAAACAGAAAAUGACUGCUGGUUGCGUUGAUCUUCUUAUGGACAUAUGGACGUGUUGUUCUAGUUUCCAGGGAGAGGUUUAAGCAUGGAUUCAGUCCUUUAACUGCUUCAUUAUCCUAAUGUCAUUUUGAUGCCUUGUAAAACGAUUUAUUUUGA